UCCUCUUUUUCCAACUUUUGCUUUCUCUUCCCUCCCAUUUCUCUCUCCCUCUCUCUUUUGAUCUCUGACCUAAUUGUGUUUCUGAUCAAUAUCAACACCACUGCCACCAUCACCAUCUUCACCAAAUUCACCUCUAAAUCUUGGAAAGAUCCAUCCAGGCCUAGUGGGUCUUCCUCAUCUUCUAGGACUCAUUAACACAAGCACACACAUACACAGCCAAGUUUUGCAUAGACUUAAUUAGAUUUGGAUCGAUAUCAGCCGCGCGGGGGUUAGAAGAGAGAAAGAAAGGGAGGGAAGAGAUUGUAUAAGAGGGUUGAGAGAGAAUUUUAUUGAGAAGCUAGCUAGCUGUGAAUUGAGCCAGCCAACAACAAUGACACCAGCUAAUUUGGCAGGGCAGUUUGGCGAUACCACUUACACCAAGGUGUUUGUUGGAGGCUUGGCUUGGGAGACGCAGAAGGAGACCAUGAAGAAAUAUUUUGAACAGUUUGGCGAGAUCUUGGAGGCUGUUGUCAUCACCGACAAGGCCACUGGAAGAUCCAAAGGCUAUGGAUUUGUGACUUUUCGGGAACCCGAAGCCGCCAUGAGAGCUUGUGUUGAUGCUGCUCCUGUGAUAGAUGGUAGGAGGGCUAACUGCAAUCUUGCUUCUUUGGGUGUUCAGAGAUCCAAACCUUCGACACCAAAGAAUGGAGGAGCAGGCAGGAACUUUAGGGUAAUGGGCUCCUUUCAGACGGGGUUCGGAGGGGGAGUGGGAACAGCUUUUCCUUCAGCAGCAACCUUCCCUCAUUAUGCCAUCCAACAAGGAGUACCUUAUAAUCUUUAUGGGUACUCUCCGUACUCGCCAGAUUACAGUUACCCUACGAGCUACUACAGCGUUUAUGGAGGGGCGGCAGCAGCCCAGUUUCCCAUGUAUGGAACGGCGGGGCCAGGUGGGAUGAUGACCGGCGCGGCCACGGCGGCGUCUUUCUACCCAUAUCUACAGUUUGGAGAAGGGAGUGGUACCGGAGCAGCCACCGGAUAUAGUUCUGGACAGAGUUAUGGUGUGAAUUACCCACACCACCUGUUUCAGUAUUCGGCCAUCAACUCAACCGGAGGGUACCCACAGCACUAUGGUGCACCCAUGUCUCUUGCACCUACGCCUGCUUUGCAAUCAGUGUGUUUUGCUGUGCCUCAGGCGUGACCGUGGCUCUUCAUGCACCAAUUCCUCAUCGCUAGAGAUUCAUCUCAGAAACUAGCAACAUCAAGCUUCUCAGCUGCUUCUUGAAGUCUCUAUUCAGACCUUUGGCCUAACCAUGGUUCUCUCUCUCUCUCACUCUCACACUCACUCUCUCAGUGUCUAACACCAGCCCAUUCUUGUCAUUUGGGCUUCUGCACAUAUCUAUGGCCCCCAAUAGGGGCUAAAGAAAACACCUCCACAAGUGUUGGAGGGUCAUGCAUUUUUCCCCCUUUGCAUCUUUUUGAAAAGAAGGGUUCCUUGAAAGAGAACCAAAGCAUGUGUGUAACCCCACCAGCUCAAGCUAUUGGAAUUAGCUAAGUUGGGAAAAUAGUUUUUCAAUUCUUGGCCAUGCAUGGAAAGGCCAAGCAAAAAAGAAACUAGCUACCUCGUAACUUUUAGCCUAGGAAAGGCUAAGAAGAAAAAAAAAAAAAACACAUGGUUUGCAAAAAUUGUAAAUUCAACAACUCAUGAUACAGCGAGCCCCUCACUCAUGGAAAUUAAGUUUUGGAAUGGCUAAUCCCUCCAACUUCAUGAUCAGCUAAUCACCUCUAGAUGAAUUAGAGGCAGUUUUAGCAAAAUCAAGGGCAUGGAAAAUGCCCCAACUUUUUUGUCUGUUAACAUGUAGUCUUAGGAUUUUAGAGCUAGGACCAGUCAUGUCUUUAAAAUUGUUUUUUUUUUUUUUAAUUACCAACUGCACUUCAAACUUUCACAUGGUGCAUGCUUUUAACCAACCAUCUUCCCUUAGGGUAAGGGGAGGCAAUCAGUACUGAUUACUCUUGUUUUUUGUUAAUUUUGUAAAUUCAUUGUGGCUAAACAUGGAAGUUUUAGCCCCAUUUUACUAAACUUUAGGAGGGAUAGUGUUUGUUUUCUUAAAAAACAAAAGUAUGCAUUUUUAGAUUUUAAUAUAGUUCAUCAUCCUUUUGAGACUCCAUCAUGGAUGUGGAGCUCAAAGCAUUUGCAUGUGACCCUGGGAGAUAUUUUGGUUCCCUUGGGUUCUUCUCCACUAACCCUGCACCAACCAUGGUUAGGACUUAGGUCAACCUCUUGUCACUCUCUCCUCCCUCUUUCAUCACCAUCAUCAUCACCACCACCAUCAUUCUCUCUCUCUCUCUCCCUCUCUCUCUGCGACUUUCACUUGGAGAUGGAACUUGAUACUCUUUAAUUAAUUAUAUGUAUAAGCCUAUGGAUUGGAUUGUAAUUAGAGAUGCUACUUAGGACAACUAAGACUCAUUCUCCAUCCAUGCUGGUUGUGAGAAUGGGUGUGAUGCUUAAUUCUACUAUGCUUUUAAUUUGAGACUCUUAUAUGCUUACUUCU